UCUCAGUUUUCUCUGUGCUUUCGGUGCGACAAGUACGAUAAGUUGUUGUUGUUGCUGCUGUGCACCAUUUAGAUUUGGCGGGCCCCAAAGUAGUGCGAAGACGAAGAAGCAGUAACUGCAGCAAGAUCCGUUAUUUGAAGCGUGUAUGCGUGCAUUUAAUGGACUCUGAUGUCACGUUACUUUAUUGUUGCAAACCGACCGAAUUUCAAUUCCAAAUACUAUUCAAAUAAUGGCACGGAAGGACGAUCCCGUUUUCAAUGUGAAAUUCGUGCAACUUGUGGAGAGCCAGCCCUGCCUAUGGAAUUAUACACACUCUGGCUAUAGCAAAAAGGAGGAAGUACAAAAAGCCUGGCAACAGGUGGCCAAUGAGAUAAAAGACACGGUACGAAAUUGCCGUGAACGAUGGCGCACUAUACGCAGCAGCUUUUUACGUUCCCUUAAAUUGGCUCGCACACAAACGGGUCGGGGCAAAAGGAAAUAUUAUUUAUCCAAGUACCUGCAGUUUCUUAUACCUUACACAAAAUCACGAUCGUGCCAUAAGCCUGCCAUGGGUACGGCAACAGCAGGUGGCAUGAGACUACGCAAGCCGAGCACAUCGUCGGCCUCAAUAAUGGGCGCUUUGGGGGCAACACAGCCGAUGACAAGGAUCGGGCAUAUGCGUUUGUUGGAGCAUCAUCAACAGCAGCAACAGCAACAGCAAAAUGGGACUAAGGUGAACGAUGCAGAUGUUGACGGUGGUGAUGGUGCAGAUGAAUCGGAUUUGGCCUUACCACUCGAUGUGCAUGUAUCUGAAGAGGAAGGGGAAUCGGAACAGCGCCGUGUAGAUCCUGACGAGGUAACGGAAGUAAAUAAAUCAGUACAAUCAAUGUCAACAGCCACAGCAUGCCUGCCCAUGCCUCUACGCCUGCAAACUAUUAAAGUUGAGCAACAGCAGCCCCAACAACAACAACAACAACCUCAGACGGAGAAAAUUGUGGCUCAUCAAUCGCUGGUGACUCUGCCGGUUACCAUGGCGGCAGCAGCAGCCGCAUUGGGGAAUCAAAUGGAUUGGGCAGAGAUAGCCGAUUGGCUUAAAUGUGGAACAGGCGGCUCGCACAAUCCACACCACUCUAAUGCGAAGCAUUUGCAGAAGAUAUCGACGUCUUCUCCUUCAUUAGCAGUCAAUGCAGCACUUCCAGUAACCGCAUCUGUAGAUCCAUCACCCCCAACAAUAGCUUCAGCAGCAUCAGCGCCAGAUGCAGACUAUUCAUUUCUAAUCAGCCUCCAUCCGUAUCUGAAAGAAAUGAAUGGCAAACAGAAUCGUCGAUUUCGUCAAAAGGUUGUUGGCCUUAUCGAUAAUAUACUGGAUAAUAUGGAUGUAUAAAAAACCAAACACAAUCAAACAAACCAACAGUGCCUAUUUGUUAAAUGUUUUGUACCAAGUAUAGUAGAUUUGAUUUGUAACUCACUUUUUGAAAAUUUGUUAACUGUUAUGCUAAGCUAAAGCAGCAAAAAAUAAACACGAAGCUUUAAA